UAUCUCUCUCUCUCUCUCUCUCUCUCUCUCUCUCUCUCCUCUUCAUCAAUGGCUUUCUCUUCUCCUUCUCCUUCGGACCUUCUCCUUAGAAAACAAUAAGAAGAGAAGCUCUCAAUCCUUUCUCUCUCUCUCUCUUGAGAAAACCAGUAAUAAAAAAACAAGCUUUUUUCUUCUCUUCUUCUUCUUUUUCUUAUCUAUAUCUCAAUAGAGAACCAAUAAAAAGCCCAUCUUUAUCUUCUUCUUCUACUUCUUCUUCUUCUCCGAUGAAACCCAUAGCUCCCGGCGGUGGCGCCGCCACACCAUCUCGGUCUCGCCGGCGGCCGGACCUAACCCUCCCUCUCCCACAACGCGACCCCUCCCUCGCCGUUCCCCUCCCUCUUCCUCCCCUCUCCGCCCCUUCCCAUCCGUCCAACUCCGCAAUCAACUCCGCAAUCAACGCCGCCAUCAACACCACCACCUCGAUCACCUCCGAAACCCCUCGCCUCUCCGACCUGGAGCGCCUCCGCCGCGUCGGCUCCGGCACGGGCGGCACCGUCUGGAUGGUCCGCCACCGCUCCACCAACCGGAUCUACGCUCUAAAAGUCAUUUACGGCAACCACGAAGACUCGAUCCGGCGCCAGAUCUACCGCGAGAUCGAGAUCCUCCGCACAGCUGACAACCCCUUCGUCGUACGCUGCCACGGCCUCUACGACCACGCCGGCGAGAUCCAAGUCCUUCUCGAGUACAUGGACGGCGGCUCCCUCGACGGCCGCCGCAUCACCUCCGAACCUUUCCUCGCCGACGUAGCCCGCCAGGUCCUCGCCGGCCUCGCCUAUCUCCACCGCCAACGUAUCGUCCACCGCGACAUCAAACCCUCGAAUCUUCUCAUCGAUGCUCGCCGCCGUGUCAAGAUCGCUGAUUUCGGCGUCAGCCGCAUCCUCGCUCAGACAAUGGAUCCCUGCAACUCCUCGGUCGGCACCAUCGCUUACAUGAGCCCCGAGCGCAUUAACACCGACCUCAACCACGGCAUCUACGAUGGCUACGCCGGCGAUAUCUGGAGCUUCGGACUUAGCAUGCUGGAGUUUUAUCUUGGUCGGUUCCCGUUUGGGGAUAAUGUUGGGAAGCAAGGGGAUUGGGCGAGCUUGAUGUGUGCCAUUUGCUAUGCUGAUCCGCCGGAGGCGCCGCCGACGGCGUCUAGGGAGUUCCGGAGCUUCAUUGCUUGUUGUUUGUGCAAGGAUCCGGCGAGGAGGUUGACUGCUGCUCAGCUCUUGCAGCACCCUUUCAUUACCAUGGCUCAGGUCCCUUCUUCUCUUCCUCCUCCUCCUCCUCCUCCUUCAUCCUCUGUUCCUGCUGCUGCUUCAUCCUUCCCUUAGAUUGGGGGUUUUUUUUCUUCUUCUGAGUUUUUCCAUGGAUUUGAUGAGAAUGAAAUCUGGUUUAUGGUGGAAAGUGGAAAAGGUGAGAUUUUUCAUGUCUUUUUUGUGCUCAAAUUCACAAUUGGGAGGAAUUGAUCCAGAGAUGGAAGAGGAGAAGGUGGUGGUGGCGGUGGUGGUUCUUUGUUUUUAAGUUGAAAGUUAGGAUCUUUAAGCUUCUUUUUGUUGUCACAAUAUGGAAUGUUAUACUUGUGGGAUGAAAAAGGUGCCAUUUUGAGCAUGAAUUUGAUGAGACUGAACUGGUUUUCUGAUGGAAAAGAUGAGAUUUUUCAUCUCAUUUUGAGCUCAACUCUGGCAACUCACAAUUGAGAUUGAUCCAGAGAUAGAACGAACACGUCUUUUAAUUGAAA